AUGCCUCAACCGUACUGGGGUCUUGGUGGCUCGGAAACGCCAUCGUCGCCGCGAACAAUGCGCACGCUGCGCAAGAUUCAAUCUCACCAGGUUUUGUCGACCUCGAGCGCACUUAUCGCCCAGACCCAACCCAACCAACUCUCAUCGAUGCAUCUCACGGAUAAUGAAGCGUCGACGCCAUCGGGGUCUACGAUCAGACAUACCGGCCGCCGACCGCGAUCCAACAGUGAUGCGGCUGCUCGCGAUUCACCAUCACUCGUGACCUCGGUUCCGACGCAACGACGCCCAGCCCGGAAGACUGGGUCAGGGGUGGGCAUCAAGAGGUCAUUCCUGGAGAAUCUUGUUCGAGAUGGGCCACACAACGGCAAUACGAAGGAAGCUCUGAGGGAGCUGCGGUAUCUAGUUCUGUCAACCGGAGUGGACGCCGACGGGGAUGGCAUGUCUCCCUACCGGGUUUACUUGUGGCUUAUUCUGCUAAAUGUGGCGCCGCUUCCCACCGACGACUACCUUGUUCUUGUUCACCGUGGUGGCUCACCCGCCUAUGCAAAGAUUCGCAACGAUACUUUCCGUACACUCGCGACCGACCCAUUAUUCAAGCGCCGUGUCACCGAGGCCAGCCUCAUUCGGCUGCUCAAUGCCGUAGCCUGGAAGCUCCACGACUCCAAAGCAAAGCCUCGAUCUCGACCCUCUUCCUCUAGACGCCUUGAGAUGGAGAUGCUGGUCGAUACACCACCCAGUAUCAAGGAGGAACCGGAGCUGGAGACUCCCGGAUCUGACACAAAAGCUGUGGUCAACGACUCGGCCAUAUACGUGCAAGGCAUGAAUGUGCUCUGUGCACCUUUUCUGUAUGCCGCCCGCAGCGAGGUGGAGGCAUUUGCGCUGUUUCACUACUUUGUGACCAAGGAAUGCCCUGGUUACAUCCGCGGCGCAAUGGAUGGCGUCCACAAGGGCCUGCGGCUAGUUGACCGGUGUUUGGAGAUCGUGGAACCGAAGCUCGCGGCGUAUCUCUUUUCCAAGGGGAUGUACGCUGAACUCUACGCUUUCCCAUCAGUCCUGACUCUGUGUGCCUGUACCCCGCCACUGCCGGAGGUCCUGCACCUGUGGGACUUUCUCUUUGCCUACGGGCCCCAUUUGAAUAUACUCUGCAUUGUGGCGCAACUGAUUCGCAUGCGGGAUACUCUUCUGGAGAGUCCAAGCCCCAACAAAAUCCUCCGGUCUUUACCACCCCUCGAUGCCAAAGGCAUCAUCGCCUUGACUGUGCUCUUGGUACAGCGGAUUCCCGACGACGUCUACGCCGAAAUGGUCACUCAUGCAAAAUAA